CGCCUUGGUCUCUCCCCUCUGCUGGCCUGCCUGUUUGUCUGUCUAGAUCAGAUCAUAAAUUGCUCUGACUAUCCAAAACUUAUUUCAUUUAGGAUAAAAAAAAAAAAAAAAACUUUGAAAUGUCUUUCAGGGCCUCAACUACUUCCUACAGGAGCUCAAAUGCCCCAAGGAGCUUCAGCAGCAGCUCUUAUGCUGGACCAGGUGGCAUCACCUCCCGCAAGACCUUCACAGUAAAGAGCUCCUAUGGAGGUGCUGGCAGCGGUAGAGGCUACGGAGGAGCAGGCAUCACCAGCAGCUCUGCGUACAGCCUCAGCUCCAGCAUGGGUGGUGCAGGAGGCAUGGGUAUGGGCUUUGGAGGUGGCAUGGUGUCUCAGGCCCCAAUUACUGCUGUCACCGUGAACAAGAGCCUGCUGACCCCACUAAACCUGGAGAUUGACCCCGCAAUCCAAGUUGUCCGUACCCAAGAGAAAGAACAGAUCAAGAGCCUUAACAACCGCUUUGCCUCCUUCAUUGACAAGGUCCGUUUCCUGGAGCAACAGAACAAAAUGCUGGAGACUAAAUGGAACCUGCUGCAGGGACAAACUGCCACCCGCUCCAAUAUUGAUGCAAUGUUCGAGGCCUACAUUGCCAAUCUCCGCAGACAGCUGGAUAGCCUGGGCAAUGACAAGAUGAAGCUGGAGGCUGACCUGCAUAACAUGCAGGGCCUGGUGGAGGACUUUAAGAACAAGUAUGAAGAUGAAAUUAACAAGCGCACAGAGUGUGAGAAUGACUUUGUCCUUAUCAAGAAGGAUGUAGAUGAAGCCUACAUGAAUAAGGUUGAGCUGGAGGCGAAACUGGAGAGUUUGACAGAUGAGAUCAACUUCCUCAGGUCCAUCUAUGAGGAGGAACUGCGUGAGCUCCAGAGCCAGAUCAAGGACACCUCAGUUAUUGUGGAGAUGGACAACAGCCGCAACCUGGAUAUGGAUUCUAUUGUGGCCGAAGUCAGGGCACAGUAUGAGGAUAUUGCCAACCGCACCCGUGCUGAGGCAGAGUCGUGGUACAAGACCAAGUAUGAAGAGAUGCAGACCUCAGCCACAAGAUAUGGGGAUGACUUGCGGGCUACCAAAACAGAAAUUGCAGAUCUCAACCGCAUGAUCCAGAGACUAACAUCAGAGAUUGAUGCAAUCAAGGGACAGCGGGCCAACCUGGAGGCUCAGAUUGCUGAGGCUGAGGAGCGUGGUGAGCUGGCUGUGAAGGACGCCAAAUCUCGCAUCAAGGACCUGGAGGAGGCACUGCAGAGAGCCAAACAGGACAUGGCCCGACAGAUCAGAGAGUACCAGGAUCUGAUGAACGUCAAGCUAGCUUUAGACAUCGAAAUUGCCACUUACAGAAAACUUCUGGAGGGAGAGGAGGACAGACUGGCCAACGGUAUUAAGGCCAUCAACAUCUCCCAACAGAGCACAAGUUAUGGCGGGUUCCCCAUGGACAGUAUGAAGAGCAGCUAUUCCAGUGGAUACAGCAGUGGAUACAGUGGUGGAUACAGCAGUGGAGGCUACAGCAGCGGUGGCUACAGCAGCGGCGGCUUCAGCAGUGGCAGUGCUGGUGGCUACAGCACCACCCAGAGCAAGAAGAAUGUUGUCAUCAAAAUGAUUGAGACCAAGGAUGGCAGGGUGGUUUCCGAGUCCUCUGAAGUCAUUGAGGAUUGAGCUGUAUAGAUUAGAGAUGCAGUUGUCUGUCUGCUAUGAUCUCCUCUGCCUCUCUGGUAGUUCUAUACUCACAGCCCACCCCCAUCAAGUAGUGUACUAAACCAGUCUGAAGUAAAAUGCUUUCCGGCCACUUUCCUAUAAAGCACAAACAUGUUGAUGAAGAAAUACAUAAUCCUAACACUACCAAAGAUCUGAAAGGGACCAACGAACUCAUUCAGUAUGUCUGAUGUCUGACUGUACAAAAAGAAGUAGUUUUGCAUCAACCAGUUAUUUCAAC